AAAAGGCACGUCAAGGAACUGGGCGUUUCCUCUCAGGGCUGAGAUCUCAGAGACUCGGAGCCUUGCAGAGUGCCCGCUGAAGGCCCGGGGCCCAGUUGCAAACUCUUGGCUCUCCGGCUCGCUUCAAUGCUGCUGCGCGCCCUGACCCGCGCCCUGCGCCUGGCGCGCCCCGAAAAACCCCUUCAAGCCCGGGGCUGCGCCUCCUCCCCGGAGAUCCAGGUGCGCGCCCUGGACGGUCCCCACCAAGGAAUCUCUGAGAUCCUAAUGGACAGACCUCGAGCCCGGAACUCACUGGGGAAUGUCUUCGUGAGUCAGAUGCUAGAAGCGUUGGCGAAGUUGCGGGGGGAUCGGCAGGUGCGUGUCCUGGUUUUUAGAAGUGCAGUGAAAGGCGUGUUCUGUGCAGGCGCUGACCUGAAGGAGCGGGAGCAGAUGAGUGAGGCAGAAGUGGGCGUCUUCGUGCAGCGACUCCGAGGCCUGAUGAAUGAGAUUGCGGCCUUCCCUGCACCCACCAUCGCUGCCAUGGAUGGCUAUGCCUUGGGUGGAGGCCUGGAGCUGGCCUUGGCUUGUGACCUCCGAGUAGCAGCUUCCUCGGCCGUCAUGGGACUGAUCGAGACCACACGUGGGCUCCUCCCAGGAGCAGGAGGAACACAGAGGCUGCCCCGGUGCCUGGGAGUGCCGCUGGCGAAGGAGCUUAUCUUUACUGGCCGGAGACUGACCGGGGCUCAGGCCCAAGCCCUGGGGCUGGUGAACCACAGCGUGGCCCAGAAUGAAGAGGGCACCGCCGCCUACCUGCGGGCACAGGAACUGGCCCGGGAGAUCCUACCUCAGGCCCCCAUUGCUGUGCGGCUUGGCAAGGUAGCCAUUGAUCGAGGAAUAGAGGUGGACAUUGCCUCCGGGAUGGCCAUUGAAGGGCUAUGCUAUGCCCAGAACAUCCCUACCAAGGACCGGCUGGAGGGCAUGGCAGCCUUCAGGGAGAAGCGUCCCCCCAAGUUUGUGGGAGAGUGAUUGCUACUACGCCUCAAGCAUGGGAACAUGGUUGUUAAAGGGUGCUAUCUGGACGGAAAAUUAUAGCGUGA